UCCGCUCAGUUACCUUUGCUAGCCGACAGUUAAUAGAGCUGCAACCAUGGAGGAGGCAAAAAAGAAAGAGAAUAAGCCAUCCGAAAAGACCGAUGAGAAGGACAAAGACAAAGAAAAGGGGCAGCAGUCCUCUGGGAAGGAUAAGGAUAAGAAAGAGGAGCAGGAAUUGUCAGAGGAAGACAAGCAGUUACAAGAGGACCUGGAGAUGAUGGUGGAGAGAUUGAGUGAGAUGAACACAGCACUGUACCGUCCUGCAUUGGAAGAGCUGCGCAGACUAAUCCGCUCCUCAACCACCUCCAUGACAUCAGUGCCCAAGCCCCUCAAAUUCUUGCGCCCGCACUAUGGCAAGCUCAAAGAGAUCUAUGACGGCAUGGCUCCUGGGGAGAACAAGCGUUUCUGUGCUGACGUGGUGUCAGUGCUGGCCAUGACCAUGAGUGGUGAAAGAGAGUGUCUGAAGUACCGUCUGCUAGGCUCCCAGGAAGAGCUGGCCUCCUGGGGACAUGAAUAUGUCAGGCACCUGGCAGGUGAGGUGGCAAAAGAGUGGCAGGAGGUGGAGGAGAAUGACAAGACACAGCAGGAAACGCUGUUGAAACUAGUGAAAGAGAUUGUGCCCUACAACAUGGCCCACAAUGCAGAGCAUGAGGCGUGCGACCUGCUGAUGGAGAUUGAGAGGCUGGACAUGCUGGAGGACUACAUCGACGAAAACGCCUACGGAAAAGUCUGCCUGUACCUCACAAGCUGUGUGAGUUACGUUCCCGAGCCAGAAAACUCAGCGCUGCUGAGGUGUGCCCUGAACAUCUUCAGGAAGUUCAACCGUUAUCCAGAGGCCCUGCGCCUGGCCCUGAUGCUCAACGAUGUGGAGCUUGUAGAAAACAUCUUCACAUCCUGCAAAGACAUAGUUAUCCAGAAGCAGAUGGCCUUCAUGCUGGGUCGCCAUGGCAUGUUCCUGGAGCUUAAUGAGGACGUAGAGGACUACGAGGACUUGACAGAGAUCAUGUCAAAUGUGCAGCUCAACAGCAACUUCUUGGCCCUGGCCAGAGAGUUGGACAUCAUGGAACCCAAAGUCCCAGAUGAUAUCUACAAAACACACCUGGAAAACAACAGGUUUGGAGGCAGUGGCUCCCAGGUGGACUCCGCUCGUAUGAACUUGGCCUCUUCCUUCGUGAAUGGCUUUGUCAACGCUGCCUUUGGACAGGAUAAACUGCUCACAGACGACGGCAACAAAUGGUUGUACAAGAACAAGGACCACGGUAUGUUGAGCGCUGCAGCCUCCCUGGGUAUGAUCCUGCUGUGGGACGUGGAUGGCGGUCUGACCCAGAUUGACAAAUAUCUCUAUUCCUCUGAGGACUACAUCAAGUCUGGUGCCCUCCUGGCCUGUGGCAUCGUCAACUCGGGUGUGAGGAACGAAUGCGAUCCAGCCCUGGCGCUGCUCUCUGACUACGUCCUCCACAACAGCAACAUCAUGAGGAUAGGAGCCAUCUUUGGUUUGGGCCUGGCCUACGCUGGCUCCAACAGAGAAGAUGUCCUUUCUCUGCUUCUCCCUGUCAUGGGAGACUCCAAAUCUAGCAUGGAGGUGGUUGGAGUGACAGCGCUGGCAUGCGGUAUGAUCGCAGUAGGAUCUUGUAACGGUGAUGUGACCUCCACCAUCGUCCAGACCAUCAUGGAGAAGAAUGAACAGGAGCUAAAAGACUCUUAUGCCCGCUGGUUGCCUUUAGGCCUGGGACUUAACCAUCUAGGUAAAGGAGAGGCGAUUGAGACGACCCUGGCAGCUCUACAGGUUGUACCUGAGCCUUUCCGCAGCUUUGCAAACACACUAGUGGAUAUCUGUGCAUAUGCAGGUUCUGGUAAUGUGCUGAAGGUGCAGCAGCUUCUCCAUAUCUGCAGUGAGCACUACGAAGCCAAGGAGAAGGAAAAAGAAGAGGAAAAGGACAAGAAAGAUAAGAAGGACAAAGAUAAGAAAGAGACUGCUGCUGACAUGGGCUCCCACCAGGGUGUAGCUGUUCUUGGUAUUGCCCUGAUUGCCAUGGGGGAGGAGAUUGGUUCAGAAAUGGCACUGCGAACAUUUGGACAUCUGCUGCGUUAUGGUGAGCCCACCCUGAGGCGAGCGGUGCCUCUAGCCCUGGCUCUCAUUUCCGUGUCCAACCCUCGUUUGAACAUCUUGGACACCCUCAGCAAGUUUUCUCACGAUGCUGACCCUGAGGUGUCCCACAACUCCAUCUUUGCCAUGGGCAUGGUGGGCAGUGGCACAAAUAACGCACGUCUGGCUGCCAUGCUGCGGCAGCUGGCCCAGUAUCACGCCAAAGACCCCAACAAUCUCUUCAUGGUCCGACUGGCUCAGGGUCUGACUCACCUGGGCAAAGGCACACUGACACUCUGUCCCUACCAUAGCGACAGGCAGCUGAUGAGUCAGGUCGCCGUGGCUGGACUGCUCACCGUGCUUGUUUCCUUCCUCGACGUCAAGAACAUAAUCCUGGGGAAAUCGCACUACAUUCUCUACGGCCUGGUAGCAGCCAUGCAGCCACGUAUGCUGGUCACCUUCGACGAGGAGCUACGACCACUGCCUGUCUCUGUCAGAGUUGGACAGGCUGUAGAUGUUGUGGGCCAGGCAGGUAAGCCGAAGGCCAUCACAGGUUUCCAGACCCAUACCACGCCAGUGUUGCUGGCUCAUGGGGAGAGGGCUGAGCUGGCCACAGAAGAGUACCUUCCUGUCACCCCCAUCCUGGAGGGCUUUGUUAUCCUCCGCAAGAAUCCCAGCUAUGAAACCUAGACUGCGCCUAUUCUCACUGACCUCUUGCUCUGUUUGUAAGGGUAGCCCUCCAAGGCUCUUGGCAGUUAUAUUUAGUUGUUUAUUACAUGGCUGAAAAGAGCAUGGCAGGCCUAUCCUUCUUCCCCGCUGUGUCUUCUCACUCCAACCCAGCUUCAGCAGCCAUUAGAAAUGUGGUUGGGGUCUGGUUAAUUGGUCUGGGGGCACUCGGGGAGGGUAAAACUGGGACCUCAUCCACUUUACAUAGAUGGUUUCCUCAUUGCUCUUAUUUUGAUCCACCCAGGGCUAGUUCCAAAGUGGGAACUGUUCACCAACCUCCUGUAUAUGUCAUCAGUAAAUGGAUAACAACUGCUCAAUCCUCAUCAGUGCAUCAGAUGUGUUUUUCCCCAACUACUUACAUCCUCAGUCAUGUUUUGUAAUUAGAGCAGUUUAAAAGUAUGUAAUCUUCAUCACGUUUUUCUUUUCUUUUUUUUUUUUUUCUUCUUUGGUUUUUGUUACAGUACUGUAAAAGUUUAAAUCAAAAAUAAAAAACUCCGAUCCACAUGGUG